AUGUCAUGUCCACCAUCAAUCGUCAGCGGAUAUGAUCCCAAGAAUGAUCCAGCUCGGAAGCCGCAAAGGUCAAAAGAUCCAGCAUGGAGGUUUGGCUAUUGGCCGAACCUACAAAAUAGAGAUGAGGUGGCAUGCACCUUAUGUGGCGGCUCAGUUCGUGGAGGGAUUAAAAGGUUGAAGCAACAUUUGGCAGGAGGUUAUGGAGAUGCAAAACUAUGUUCAGGUGUCAGCACUGAAGUUAGGAGGGAGAUGGCAGAUUACUUGGAUGCAAACAAGAGGAAAAGACCAUUGGUUCUAGAUGAUGAAGUGGUGGAGGGGACUUACUUCUUGGAGUCUAUUGAUGCAUCAAGUGAAGUACAUGAUGCAUACAUGCUUGCUGGUUUGCUAGAGAAGAAGGUUGAGGAGAUUGGGAAGGACAAGGUUGUUCAAGUUGUCACAGAGAUAAUGGUGCUAACUUCAAGGUGCGCAAGCAAGAUUCUCAUGGGACAGAUUCCUACAAUAUUUUGGAGUCCAUGUGCUGCGCAUUGCUUGGAUCUCAUGUUAGAAGAUAUAGGGAACUUGUCGGAAUUCAAGAAACCUAUUACACGUGCAAGGCGUGUGACAACUUUCAUCUAUAGACAUGGGAGGAUCCUUAGUGCCAUGAGGAGAAAGCAGGGUGGGAGCUUGUACAAGCACAAGGAUGCUUUGAAGUCUUUAAUGGUUAGUGAAGCAUGGACUGGGAACAAAUUGGCAAAAACUAAGGCUGGUCUAGAUGUGCAUGACAUUGUGCUCUCUACACAGUUUUGGAAUUCAGUGGAAGAUUGCCUUAGAGCUUCAGCCCCACUCCUUAUUGUGCUUAGGGUGGUUGAUGGAGAUGAGAAGGUAGCAAUGCCGGAGGUUCAAGCUCUAAUGAACCAUGCAAAGGAGAGGAUCAAUCAAAGCUUUGCUAUCCAAUCCAAGAAAUCUUUGCUCAAGAAGAUUAUGGGAAUAAUUGAGCGACGUUGGGAGAAACAAAUGGAUCAUCCAUUGUAUGGGGCUGCACUGUACUUGAACCCAGGGAAGCUACAUCCUCUCCUAAAAAAGGAUGAUGAUGCAACUGUUGGACAGCUAAGAGGUUGCUUUCUUGAUGUGCUUUCAAGAAUGGUGGAGGAUGAGGAAACUAGAAGCAAGAUCAAUGCUCAAGCCAUGGAUUAUGAAUAUUUUAGAGGAGAUGCUUUUUCAAAUAAGAUGGCCAUUCAAAACCUUGAGUCAAUGAGUCCUCUUGAUUGGUGGCGUUCCUAUGGUGGCCGUGCUAUUGAGCUACAAAGGUUUGCAAGGCGUGUGCACGGGCGCGGCGCCCUCGACCGCCGCACAGGCCCCGUUGGAGUUCGCCACAUCACCAAUGAAGGUCCCGGCUGCCAUAACUCCGACAGUCUCAUCACCAGCUUCACCAACAACCCCGCCAGCACUAGUGUCACCAAUGCAGGCGAUCAUCCAUGCACCGACAUUGGCGAACAUGGUGCCUUUGUCGCUGCCUCUACGAGCCACAACACCGAUCCCUCGAGCAAGGCCGUGGCUGUUUACAUGCGCUUAUUCUCCGCCGGCUCAGCAGUAGGCCUUCAAAGCUGCAUCGAUCGCUUGGAGUACGCCUCCAGCACAACCCCGCUCGGCUGCACCCAUAGCGGGGGUGGCUGCUCGUGGAGGGCACCAUGGACUCCACGUGCAGACGCUCCAUGGAUUCGAUCCGAGCGGAUUCGAUUCCACGUAGAUCAGAUGGAGCAGCCAAGUUUAGCACCUCGAGGAGGAAGCAGGUCUGCCAUGGCGAUCUUCUUUGGACCGCAAGGUCUUCUGCUCCAGCAAUCGCCACAGCUCGAGGACGAGCUGUUUUCGAGGGGUGGAGUAGUGUUAUGGCAAGUAGAACCGGCUCAGGGGCCCACGCGGUACUGUAGCGACGCGGUACUGUAG